UGCAGCUCCCAUGCAUCAAGCUCCGACCCCUCCAGAGAAAAUCACCCCACCAGAAACGGGCAACCCGGACAAGGGUCUGGACUGAUACAACAACGUGCAUUCUCUUGGAAGCCGCCGUCUUCCAUAUUUAACAUUCCACGACCGACCCAACUUUUCUCUUGCCUGCUUUCCGUCUGGAUCCAGCCCAGAGAAUAAUCACCAACCUCUCAUCCAACCCAGCACAUCUUCACAGACUCGAAGCAGCACACAAUGCCUAUCAACAAGGUCCACGCUCGCUACGUCUACGACUCCCGUGGCAACCCCACGGUUGAGGUUGAUCUGGUCACCGAGACUGGCCUUCACCGCGCCAUCGUCCCGUCUGGUGCCUCAACUGGCCAGCACGAGGCUUGCGAGCUCCGUGACGGUGACAAGACCAAGUGGGGUGGCAAGGGUGUUCUCAAGGCCGUUGAGAAUGUGAACACCGUCAUUGGCCCGGCCUUGAUCAAGGAGGGUUUGGAUGUCAAGGACCAGUCCAAGGUCGACGAGUUCCUUAUCAAGCUUGAUGGAACCCCCAACAAGACCAGCCUGGGCGCCAACGCCAUUCUGGGUGUCAGUCUGGCCGUUGCCAAGGCCGGUGCCGCUGAGAAGGGCGUUCCUCUAUACGCUCACGUCUCCGACCUCGCCGGAACCAAGAAGCCUUAUGUCCUGCCGGUUCCCUUCAUGAACGUCCUCAAUGGAGGUUCCCACGCUGGCGGUCGCCUGGCUUUCCAGGAGUUCAUGAUCGUCCCCUCUGCCGCUCCAUCGUUCUCCGAGGCCAUGCGCCAGGGUGCCGAGGUGUAUCAGCAGCUCAAGAGCCUCGCCAAGAAGAAGUACGGCCAGUCUGCUGGCAACGUCGGUGACGAGGGAGGUGUGGCUCCCGAUAUCCAGACCGCCGAAGAGGCUCUCGAGCUCAUCGCCGAGGCCAUCGAGAAGGCUGGCUACACUGGCAAGAUGAACAUCGCCAUGGACGUUGCGUCGAGCGAGUUCUACAAGGUGGACGAGAAGAAGUAUGACCUGGACUUCAAGAACCCUGACAGUGACCCGGCCAAGUGGAUCACGUACGAGCAGCUGGCCGCCCUUUAUGGCGAGCUGGCCAAGAAGUACCCCAUCGUCAGCAUCGAGGAUCCGUUCGCCGAGGAUGACUGGGAGGCCUGGAGCUACUUCUACAAGACGCAGGACAUCCAGAUCGUUGCUGAUGAUCUGACGGUCACCAACCCCAUCCGCAUCAAGAAGGCCAUCGAGCUCAAGGCGGCCAACGCCCUGCUGCUCAAGGUCAACCAGAUCGGCACCCUGACCGAGUCCAUCCAGGCCGCCAAGGACUCUUACGCCGACGGCUGGGGCGUCAUGGUCUCGCACCGCUCAGGUGAGACCGAGGACGUCACCAUCUCGGACGUCGUCGUCGGCAUCCGUGCUGGCCAGAUCAAGACUGGAGCCCCCGCCCGCUCCGAGCGCCUCGCCAAGCUCAACCAGAUCCUCCGCAUUGAGGAGGAGCUUGGCUCUAACGCCGUCUACGCUGGCGAGAAUUUCCGCAAGGCUGUCAACCUGUAAAGUGCGACUGGUGUGGUGAUGAAAUCCCGGGUUCAUAUUUAGGGUUGUAAUUGGCUUUGCUCGGCCCCUGGUCGACUCGAUGCCAUGCGGCGGCCAUCUCCCGGCAAAAUCUGGGCAGGUCGGUCUCACAACAGGGGGGUCCAAAAAGAUAAUGGUUUACGGGGAAAAAGAACAUGAUGUCAUACAUAGAUUCCAAUAACGCCCGAGAUUCGGUUCAAGUGACCCUGUUUCUGUCAA